AUGGCCUCCUGGUUCAGCUGGAAUGAGCCGUAUCACCGGAGCCCCCGACGGGACCCGGCCGAUGUGGUCACCGACACCCUGAUGCUGGAGUUCAGCUGGCAGCUGAAGGAGGCGGAGAGGCAGCAGAGAGAGAGGGAGAACGAGUACCAGCGACUCAAGACCGGAGUGGACUACAGCUGGCUGGCCAGCCCGCCUCGGUCCUCCUACAGCAUCAGCACCGGGGAGAGGCUCGGCCUGGAGGAUCUCUGCUACAAGGUGCCGCCGCCUUGCUGUGGCCUGGUCAUUCUCAAGUUCAGGGAGGCUCUGCAGGCCAAUGAGCCUGAGGUCCAGGAGGUGUCCGACCUGUUUCGCUCCGUCCUCCUGGAGACUCUGGAUGACCUGAAGGAGGAGCAGGAGGCGCAGCGGCUCGCCCACCAGUGGAACAACAAACGUGCCACGAGCAUGUCCCUCGUGAACUUCAGGUCCCGGAUCAAGAUCAACCCGUUCGGGAGCACAGUUGGCCUGACAUCCACCGUGACUGAGGGGGCGGGGUUGAGUGACCUCAAGACCGUGUCAGAGGAUGUGGAGAGAGGGAUGGAGAGGUCACAGAGGGUGUGGAGCAUGCCUGACUUCAGAUACAAAGGAAGCAGCAGCAGUAAGGUUGUCUGA